UCCUUCUGUCCGUUCAAAAAUAUCAGAACCACACACUUCGCUGUGGUAUUGAGGGAGCUUUGCUAGCCUCAGUUUGAUUGCAGAGAAAGAGCAAAGCUAUGGCUUUCACCACUAGCUCAAUUGCCGUACGGACAUUCCCAAUUCGUUGUGUGCUAGAUGCAAACACAACUCCUAUUAAACAGGCGCCGGUAGCUCUCCCCGGUCGUCGGCAGUUAAUAUCUUUGCUGACGGCGACAACGGCACUGAAAGCGCUGGAAAUGCCGUCAAAGGCAGAGGACAUUGGCCUCUUCGGACUGAGAAAGAAGCUGAAGAAAGCCGAGGAGGAAGCAGAAGUGUUAGUGAAGGAAGGAUUCGAGGCGGCAGAUAAGGGAAUUGAAGCGGCGGAGAAAGGAUUGGUGACGGCUGAGAAGGGGAUAGAAGCUGCGGAGGAGAAGAUCGAGAGCUCAGUGAGUUUUGGAGGGCUGGCUCAAGCUGGAGCAGUGGCUGGUGCUCAAUUAGUUGGAGUUUUGGUGGCCUCAACUGUUGUUAAUGGUAUUUUAGGACCUGAAGCUCAAAAAUCUUGAAAAGAUUCUUGCUUUUCAUGUAAUAUUUCAUUUUUGUUACUGUUAUUUGCAAACUUGAUUGUGCUUUGCUAAAUGCAAAGGGUGGCAUUUCUGAUACAUAUAUUCCGAUUUAUAAUGUCACUUAUAAUUUUAUUAUAUGUAGACUUAUUUAA